ACCACCACCAACAUCCCUUCAGAUCCCAUCCACCCUUUGGGACCCUUCCUCCUGACCCCUCCCUCUAUUAAAUCACCACCACCACCCGCCGCCGCCGCCGCCAGCCUGACCUCCUCCGCUCCCCUCCCUAGUCCAGGCGAGACGCGCCCCCGAGCGAGCCCAACUCCGAAAAGCCGCGAUGAGGUCGUCUCUGCUGAAAUCCACGUCCGAGCUCCUCCGCCGCAGCCGCGGCUACUCCUCCUCGGCCAACCCGGAGCGGAAGGUGGCCAUCCUGGGCGCGGCGGGCGGCAUCGGGCAGCCGCUCGCGCUCCUCAUGAAGCUCAACCCGCUCGUCUCCUCCCUCUCCCUCUACGAUAUCGCGGGGACCGUCGGCGUCGCCGCGGACGUGUCCCACAUCAACUCCCCCGCACUGGUGAAGGGGUUCAUGGGGGAUGACCAGCUCGGGGAGGCGCUGGAGGGAUCCGACGUCGUUAUCAUCCCCGCCGGGGUGCCCAGGAAGCCCGGCAUGACCAGGGACGACCUCUUCAACAUCAACGCUGGCAUUGUUAAGGCGCUCAGCACCGCCAUCGCCAAGCACUGCCCCAACGCUCUUGUCAAUAUGAUCAGCAACCCUGUCAACUCCACUGUCCCGAUUGCAGCGGAGGUUUUCAAGAAGGCUGGCACUUAUGAUGAGAAGAAGCUGUUUGGUGUGACCACUCUUGAUGUUGUUCGUGCUAAAACUUUUUAUGCUGGAAAGGCGGGCGUGCCAGUUACUGAGGUGAAUGUUCCUGUUGUCGGGGGCCAUGCGGGUAUUACUAUUCUGCCACUCUUCUCGCAGGCCACUCCUGCAAGCAAUUCACUGUCCCAAGAAGACAUCGUGGCCCUCACCAAGAGGACACAAGAUGGUGGAACGGAGGUUGUUGAAGCAAAGGCUGGAAAGGGCUCUGCAACAUUGUCCAUGGCAUAUGCUGGUGCUGUUUUUGCAGAUGCAUGCUUGAAGGGUCUGAAUGGAGUUCCUGACAUUGUAGAGUGCUCUUUUGUGCAAUCAACUGUGACGGAGUUGCCGUUCUUUGCCUCCAAGGUGCGCCUCGGCAAGAAUGGAGUGGAGGAAGUGCUUGGUCUGGGCGAGCUCUCCGACUUUGAGAAGAAGGGGCUGGAAAGCCUCAAGGGCGAGCUCAAGGCUUCCAUUGAGAAGGGUAUCAAGUUCGCCCACGGGAACUAGGCACUUUGCACAGACUCUUAACAAUUCAUAUAUCAAGCUGAGGAGAUCUCUUGGAAUUUUUUUUUGAUCGCCUUUUCUGCCCCUCUUCUGCUGGGAAGUAGAGGUGUUGUGAUCCACAAUAAAAAUCCAGCGGCUUAGUUGCCAACCUGAAUGAAACCUGAACCGGAAACAACCACACCGGUCACCGGUGCCUUUUGUGCUCGGCCAAUUGCUUGGUGAGCCGUGACGGAAAUGGGAACGGACUUGCCACUUGCUCGAUCCCACUUGUUAUUCUGGUAUUGUAUCGGUACCAGGGCUCCAUGUCAUACUGGAAUUCAAAUUAUUGGGGCUGCUA